AUGCCCAAGCCACGCAUUGAUCCCGCACACGCUAUCCACUGGAUUGUGGAUUGGGAUGGCACCCUGACCACUCGCGACACCUUGGACGCACUCGUCCAUGUGGCAUCCCGAGCAAAAAGCGAAACCGCAGUCCUUGAAGCCUGGAGGCGCAUUACCUCGGCCUACCUCUCCGAUCAUGCCUCGACCUUGAAGGCUCUUUUUCCGAACGGCACGCUCCCUUCUACAGUCGUGGCAGAGCGCUCACUGCUCGAGAAGCUGAAAGCCGUUGAACGACGUAGCUUGGACCGGGUGAUACAGGCUGGCUUGUUCAAGGACCUGAACACGUCGAUCAUGGAAAAGGGGGGCAGUGAGUGUGUGAAGGGUGGAGAGGUGCGAAUCCGGACGGGAGCGUCUGAGUGCUUGAGGCAUAUCCGCAAGCGUAUCGAGAGACACGGGUACGAUCUGGAUGCAAUCGACGUCCUCAGUGCGAACUGGAGCCAAUACUUCAUCUUGGGCUGUCUGAAGGCCACACUUGACGACGCCGGGCUUCAAGGGAGCGUGGCGGGUACGGACGAGAGCUUGCCCUUCGUAUCCAUCUACGCGAACGAACUGGUCUUUUCGAACAGCGCCACGCAGGACUCGUCUCAUCAGCUCUUGUCCAGCGCAGACAAACUUGCGUAUCUGCAGAAUCUGCGGUUGUCCAACCCGUAUACCAUGCGGCCCAUCCCGGUUGUAUACAUUGGAGACAGCUGGACGGAUUUCGAGUCUCUCCUGGCGGCAGACUUGGGCAUCUGCAUACGCGACGACCCACUAGGGUCGUCUCAGGCUACGCUAAAGGACAGUUUUGAGAGAUUGAGCAUUGAGUGUCCGCAUAUCACGGAGUGGGAAAAGUGCGGAGAAUGGAGCGUGGUAUGGGCGAGGGGGUUUGAUGAGAUCUUGAAGUGGGUGAAGGAGUGCCUUGAUGGGUGA